UCCAUAUUUAUUCAGAUUUAUUUUAGUUUUUGCCUAAAGUCCUUUUUCUCUCCCAGGAUCCCAUUCAGCUUAAAAGCCUAUGCCGAGUUGUCCUGUUACUUACAUCUACAUUAUACCUAGUUGUCGGGUCUCCUGAGGUUCUUCUUGGCUGUCACAUUAACCUUCAUUUUUUGAGUCAUAAACUGGAUUGAAAAUCUGAUGAAAGCUAUGGAUCCUCUCCACAGAAAAAUGCACCUGCUUCAGAGGUCUAAUUUAAGGGAGGUCCAUCCAUAACUGAUUCAGAAACCUAGCUUCAGGAGGAAAAGGUGAUCUUUAAAAUAUUUCUUCCCUCACACUCAGGCUCAAGGUCAGGCUCUACCUCUACUUUGUUGUGUGACCUUUUUGCAUAGCCGUUUUCCUACUUGGACCUCAGUUUCACCAUCUGUGAAAUGAAGGGUUUGAUUUACAUGAUGUCUAAAUCCUUUUCUAGCACAGUGGAAGGUGGGCGUCACCCACAAAGGAACAAAGGCUGUUAACAGACCAAGCCAGGUCAGGGAAGUGGAAUGGCUUAUCAAUAAUGAGGUCGCAGAGGUUCAAUGGGGGAAAAAGACAUAACCUAGGUUCCACUUUAUGGCUUCGUGGAUUUUGUAAGUCAUUUCCUUCCUCUGAGGUUCAAUUUCCUCAUCUGCAAAAAUGUAGAGGCUCUGCUUCUGGUAGUUAUGAAACUCCUGGGAGCAACAGUGAGGAAUUAUGAUAAGAAAAAAAAAAUGGAGUAGGUGGGUGGGUGCACGGGUGAAGGGCAGAUUUAAGGAAUACGAGGCAGGGCUGAGGGUUCUGGAGAAGAGAAACACAGUAGACACCUUAGGGAUCUCACACCACACUCGCACUGUGCUGGGGUCAAUUCAACCUAGGUGCCGGCCCCGCCUCCUCCCUCCCCACGCUUCCCCUCCCCUCCGUCUGCGACGCGCCACACUUCGCAUGGUAGUCACCGUGAGUCGCUUUCCAUCGAGCUAGGGCCGCGCGCGUUCUCGCGCCGCCACCUCACUGCCAUCUCUGCCCGCCUUUGGCUCCUUCCGAUUGGCUCUCACGUUAGUGACGUACAUGCUCCUUAUUCUACCCCCGUCACUUCCCCAGGGUUCCGCCCCGCCUCCCCCUUACUUCUCCCGAUUGGCGUGGCAACCUAACCUGCCCUGGUCUCCGCUGUGAAGGAGAAGCCGGGAGAGCAGGCUAAACCAGGAAGGCGCUGGCUUGUGGCGCGCACGCGCACGCACGCACGCCGGCGGCCGGAGGGGCGGCACGCUCGCGCCCGGGCUCGCUGCGCGCCGCGCCAGAGGCUCGCGCACUCAGCAGGUUGGGCUGCGGCGGCGGCAGCUGUGGGAGCUGAGGCGCAGCGCGUGAGAGGUCCCAGACGUGUCUGCGGCUCCGGUUCCGCCACCUUCCUCUUCUCUCACCCCAGUCUCGGUGCCGGGUGCUGAGAAGGGAACGGCGCUAGCCUUGGUAACUUAGAGCCCACCCUUGGCUGCUUCCGACACCGCCAUCCUUCCUUUCCCAGCCGCGGGCCUCUCGGUGCUAAGGCGACUCUGCGGGGAGGCGGCGGCGACGGCUGCCUGUCUGUGGGGAGGAGUCCUGCCCUCCAGUCUUGCUCCGCCGCCGGGCCCUGCAGGGUCCAAGAGAGCUCGGCGCCGGUCCUUCCUCUCACCUUUUUCGUCAGCCGAUUGGUGCAGCGUCGGUCCGAGAGGUCUCUGGGCUGAGGCGGCGGCAGCUCCUUCGGCUUCAUCAUGUCCGCGGGCGGAGACUUCGGGAAUCCGCUGAGGAAAUUCAAGCUGGUGUUCCUGGGGGAGCAGAGCGUUGGAAAGACAUCCUUGAUCACCAGAUUCAUGUAUGACAGUUUUGACAACACCUACCAGGCAACAAUUGGUAUUGACUUUUUAUCAAAAACAAUGUACUUGGAGGAUCGAACAAUCAGGCUGCAGCUGUGGGAUACUGCGGGUCAGGAACGUUUCCGUAGCCUCAUUCCCAGUUACAUCCGUGAUUCUGCUGCAGCCGUAGUAGUUUACGAUAUCACAAAUGUUAACUCAUUCCAGCAAACUACAAAAUGGAUUGAUGAUGUCAGAACAGAAAGAGGAAGUGAUGUUAUCAUCAUGCUAGUAGGAAAUAAAACAGAUCUUGCUGACAAGAGGCAAGUAUCAAUUGAGGAAGGAGAGAGGAAAGCCAAAGAGCUGAAUGUUAUGUUUAUUGAAACAAGUGCAAAAGCAGGAUACAAUGUAAAACAGCUCUUCCGACGUGUUGCAGCAGCUUUGCCUGGAAUGGAAAGCACACAGGACAGAAGCAGAGAAGACAUGAUUGACAUAAAACUGGAAAAGCCUCAGGAGCAACCAGUCAGUGAAGGAGGCUGUUCCUGCUAAUCUUCCAUGGCAUCUUCAACUUUUCUUCAGAAGCUCACUGCUUUGGCCCCCUUACUCUUUCAUUGACUGCAGUGUGAAUAUUGGCUUGAACCUUUUCCCUUCAGUAAUAACGUAUUGCAAUUCAUCAUUGCUGCCUGUCUCGUGGAGAUGAUCUAUUAGCUUCACAAGCACAAAAAAGUCAGUGUCUUCAUUAUUUAUAUUUUACAAAAAGCCAAAUGAUUCCAACAUAUUCCAGUGAUAACUUUAAAAAUUAGAUACGUUUUCUCAAUUUUUUUUUUCCUUUUCAAUGUUAGGAUAACAUACUUCAAAAUGAUGGAAAUUCCAACAGUCUGUGGCUAGGUUAAGAAGCAAUUGUUCACAGCAGCACUUGCCUACCUACUUGAUCUCUCUCUGCUUUUCUCACCUCUCCCUUAUUGCAUUCCCUAUUCUUACCAUCUCUCCCUCAAAACAAAUGAGGUAUGACAAAGCAGGAGUCAGACCAAGCCCAAUGGAGUUAUCCUUCAAAUUUAGUGAUACCACUUGCUCUAGGCCUUGGGUCAAGAUGUCCAAAAUUAUUCUUGAGCGCUGAUAUAAAUUACUUAGACUUUAUUUGAGGUCAAAACUCAACUAUCAUGGUAGGCAGUGCUUGAAUAAGAAAAGGGUUCUGAUGCAUCUUCAAAAUGAGUCCUAAUGAACACAGUGAGUACUUACAAAUUAAAUGAACAUAAAAUGUAUUUCAGACCAAAACAAAUGACCCUUUCACAUGUUAGUCCCUGGGAGAGAAGAGUUAACAGUGCUUCAGAACAUGUUUUUAAUACUGAAUUCUUCCAGUGAACUAUUUCUCCCAGGACUUUAAAAUUCUCAACAUAGAGUUAUUCUGUUUGUUUAAAAAAAGAAAACUUUUGUAAGCAAUAGAUUUCUCUUGGGUUUUUCUUUCUUGUUUCAAAAAAUGCUAUGCAGGCAAGGCACUACAGAAAUCAAAUUCUUUUAAGAAGAACCAGCGGAAGAAUUUAAACUUGGUACCGUGAUCAAAACUACAAUAAACAAUGAUAUCUAAAGCUAUCAUUGUAGAAACAAUGAUAUCUAAAGCUUAACAACAAAAGAAUCCUCAACAGAAUAGCAAAUACUUUGCUCAGGACAUUUGAGGUCAAAUCGAAAAUGGAAACAGGUUUCUUAUAAGCCCCUAGCGGCAGAUCUGGAAAAGCAUACAUAGAGGAGGGAAAGGAGAGAAUGGAAGUAAAACUUAAUAUUAUGCAGAUUUAUGCCUUAUUUUUUAGCAUUUUUUUUUUUUAAUGUUGGGUCUUUCAGGCUGGUUUUGCUUUUUAUUAGAUCUGUAUAGUUUGGUUAAUUAACUAGUGAUUUAAUUUUAUAUUUAAGCUACAAUUAAUCUUCUUUCUUUGUUGAUAUUUAUUUCUUUGCCUUUUUUUUUUAAACUACUUUCAGUUUUUAGAUGUUUUGUCUGAUCUAUUUAGAGCUUCAUCACCAUGGCAAUAUAUAUUUCCCUUAAAACACUGUAAACAAAUAUACUAGGAGUGCACCAUUUUAAUCUUUACUAGUUAUUGUGAGAUUGCUGUGUAAGUUAAUAAACACAUUUGUAAAUACAUUAUUUGCAGGACGAAAAUUUCUGAGUUACAGCUCAGGAAAAGCCUGCUGAAUUUACGUUGUAAGCAUUACUUAACACAGUAUAAAGAUGAAAAGACAACAAAAAAUAUCUUCAUACUUCCUCAUCCCCUCAUUGCAACAAAACCCUUAACUGGGAACCUUAUUCCCCUCUCUUUCCUCUUCCUUCUCCAGUUCCCACUUAUUGUCACCUUGUAAUAUUCAGAGAGCACUUGGAUUAUGGGUCUGAAUAGAGAAAUGCUUUCAGAUAAUCAUUAGCCCACAUACCAGUAACUUAUACUCAAAGAUGGGAUGGAGUUGUAAAGUGCUUUUAUAAUACAAUAUUAUUGUUAAAGGCAAGGGUUGACUCUUUUGUUUUUAUUUUGACAUGGCAUGUCCUGAAAUAAAUAUCAAUUCAAUAUGGCA